UAAUGGAAGCAUCUCAAGGAGGGAAGAGGACUGCGAACGACGGGGGAGUUCGAUACAGGGGGAUUCGCAGGCGGCCAUGGGGAAAGUUCGCGGCUGAGAUACGUAAUCCGACAAGGAACGGAGCACGACUAUGGCUCGGAACAUUCGAGACGGCCGAAGAGGCGGCUAGUGCUUACGACCGGGCUGCUUUCGCUUUCCGAGGUCACUCGGCCAUUCUCAACUUCCCGAACGAGUUCCAACGUCAAGAUACACCACCUUUUUCAGUGUCUGUAGCUUCUUCAUCUUCUUAUAAAUCAGUUGGCAUGGCGAAUCAUCCUAGAGGACAAGGAAGUGAAGUUAUAGAAUUUGAGUACUUGGAUAACAAGUUGUUAGAGGAUCUUCUUGAAACAAAAGGAGAAAUACAAGGCCCAUAGAACGAAUUAAAUCUUUUUGAGUUGAAGUUUAUUGUUUUGGAUUAAUUCACCAUUGAAAGAAUAUUGUGUGUGCUAUUUCACUGUAAGCAACGCAAAUUUAAUUUAC